AUGGCCGAGUUCGACAUUCAGCAGCUCGUCCUGGUUUCGGAUGCGACCAACGAUGCCGAGAACCUGGAACAUCUGGGCCCCACCAUGAAAGAGGUCUACCGCAACAACAAAAUGAAGCCUUUCCUCGACCAGCUCAGCGCGUUCAUUCGCCGCAAGGAGAUGGAGAUCGAAAAGAUGUGCAACUCCAACUACCAGGAAUUUGUACAGUCUGUCGACCGACUUCUCAAGGUCAGGCAGGGCACCGUCGACCUCAAGGACAAGAUCCAUACCCUCAAUUCGGACGUACAGCGUGCAGGAACAGAGCUGACGGCCAAGAAACGCGAGUUGAUAGAGUCAAAAAAGAUACUCGAAAAUAUUGCGACAGCGACCGAAACGCUACGUAGAUGUAUCAACUUUUUGGAUCUCGCCAACAGGGUCAACGUACAGGUUGAGAACAGGAAAUACUAUUCUGCAUUGCGAAUUGUAGACGAGAUUCAGGUCGUCCACCUUCGCAGUGUAAUCCAGUUCGAGUUUGCAAGACACAUGCAGGAUUGUAUCCCUAUUUUGCAGUAUGCAAUCAAGGAUGCUGUUACGACAGAGAUGAAAGAGUGGCUCUUCAGCAUCCGUUCAAGUCAAAAGACAAUGGGAAAACUCGCUAUGGACAGAAUGGCAGCUCGACAGCAACGGUGGCGCGAAAGAUCCAGUAAAGGAUUACGCCUCAAAACAACACACAAUGUCAACUCGGCAGUAGAGGAAGCUGUUAACGAGGAAAAUGAAGUGGAUAUUCUGGAGACUGCUCAAGUCGAGCUGGACUUCAAACCCUUAUACCAAUGUCUGCAUGUCUAUGAUGAACUUGGCCAGCGCGCGGGACUCAGAGCCAGCUAUGCUGAGGACAGACGGGCCCAAGCAAAGUUGACGCUCUCUUCCAUUACCUCUUCCUUCAAUCUCAAGGACCGAAACACAGACAAUUUUGAAUCGUUAUUGCAGGAUAUCGUCGGAUUCUUUAUUGUGGAGCACAUCAUUCUGUAUUCCACAACAAACUUUCGAACACAGAGUCAGCUGGAUGAACUUUGCGAGUUAGUGACGAAUCUCUUGAUCAGAAUGCUUUCGGAGGGACUUACCAACUGUCAGGACCCAGACAUGUUUUUGAAUAUCAAGCUGCUUCUGAUGUUGUACAUCCAAACCAUGGAGUCCUACAAUUAUCCAGUGAGCAAACUGAACGACCUGCUCUUGACCCUGUUCCGCACUUAUGCCGACCAGUUGGAAAAUAAGUUCAGUGCCAACUUUCACAAGCUGGUUGACGAGGAUGACUACACGCCUAUGCUUGUCGAAAAUCAGGACGAGUACAAUCUGCUGCAGAUGUCGUUCCGCUUCAAGGAAGACCGACAAUCAUCACGGCAAGGAUUCCCAAGAACAUUGCCCUUCUCCAAGGUCGUUCCUUACUGCUGCGAGGACAUCCGGCAGUUUGUCGGCCAGUUCUAUCGCUUUGUGGAAGGUUUCAAUCAAGAGCAAAACGAGAUGGACGAUCUUGUCAAGGAUAGCCUGGAUACGUUGUUGAUCCAGCACGUUCAUUCCGUCUGGCUAAAGAAAUUGGAGUCCAGGAACCUUUCUCAGAUCGCUCAGAUCAUCAUCAACCUGGAGUACUUUCAGGGUGCCUGCAGUGAUUUUGAGCAAUUACUAACGGAGAUGAGAUCCACAUCCGACUCUAGCAGGAUUUCCCUUCAGGCGACAGCGCUGUUCAGAGAAACAAGGAAGAGUGCGGAGAAACGUAUCUCGGAGUUGGUGAAUUCCAAGAUUGACGACAUUUUAGAGCUGGCUGAAUACGACUGGCACCCGUCGAGUAUCGAGGAUCUCCAUAGCACAUACAUUCAAGAAUUAGUUUCGUUCCUCUCUAUUGUCAUGAGCGCCACUUUGCAGAAUCUCCCGGAUACAAUCAGGACUUUCGUGUACUACGAUGCCCUGGAACAUCUUGCAUCGCAGCUGCAUGGUAUCUUAACGGAUCCAAAUGUAAAGCACAUCAACCAGAACUUUGUCGCCAUCUUUGACAAGGACAUUCGAUACCUGGAGGAUUUCGUAGAGACCCUGGACAACCCUAAUGUCGCCCAGACGUUCCUCCCUCUACGACAGCUCAUCAGUCUGCUACUGUCAGAGAAUACGGAGGAAUACAUGGACCCAGCUAUUCGAAACCGAAACUAUGCCCAAGUCAAGGCUGACGAUGUCACAAGGAUGCUGGAGAAGUAA